CGAGACAAUUAUCAAUUAUGUCGUGGUCCAAUCUUGUCUGCCCUUACGCAUAGCGAGUCCCCGCGCACCACCGUGAAAUCGGUGCCGACCACCCAGCACUCCGAGCGCAGUCUCCGACGGCGAAUUUCAUUUGACUCUCUCUCUCGUUCGCUCUGUUCAUAUUAAUUCGUCGCUGUGUCGGUUAUUUAUCUAGGGUUUAAUUGCGCGCUAUGGAUGGUUCAUCAGUUCCGCCGUCUGGUUCAAACAAUCCAACGGCAGGGGGCGGAGCCGCGAAAUUUCUUGCAGACCUCCCCUCUUGCGGCCUGUUCUCCUCCACCGUUCUGUCGUCCAAUCCUGGUGGGAUGCGGGUUUAUGUUUGUGAUCACAACACAUCGCCCCCAGAGAACCAGCUGAUAAAGACAAACCAGACGAACAUACUGAUUAGAUCUCUUAUGCUUAAGAAACAAAAGGGUGAUUCCAAUUCAAAGGAUGUAAGGGGUACAGCUGCAAAUGAGAGUUCUAGAAAGAGGGCUGCUGAAAAAGCUCUGGACAGCAGGGCUUCAGCUAAGAGAGCCAUUACCAACAAUCACGCUGGUUCUCAGCCAGAGGCCGGAUCAAAAUCUCGAGUACCUGAGAAGGAUAUACAGAGUUUGACUGUAGAUAGACUCCGUGCUCUUUUGAGGGAGAAAGGUCUUUCUCUGAAAGGCAAGAAGGCAAGUAUCGUGAUAUUUAUUUGUGUUGUUUGGAAGCCUUUCUUAUUUAGUUGCUGUACCCAUGGGAUAUUUCAAAAUAGUUCUGAAACGGAUUUUAAUUUUAAAUUAGCGUGCCCUUUUUUUGUUCAUCUGGUGAUGCCAAUCUGGUUUCGGAGUAUUUAAUUGAUGGCUUUUUUUCUGUUCAUAUGGUGAUGUCAAUCUGGUUUAGGAGUAUCUAAUUAAUGGCCUUUUUAUGUUCAUAUGGUGAUGCCAAUCUGGUUUAGGAGUAUCUAAUUAAUGGCGUUGCUGGUGGAGCCCAUUGAUUAGCAUGCGGAGAUUGGUUAUUGACUAUGAAGUAUUCCCUUCUUAUUCUCUUUUAAUAUAUGGGUUCGCUGAUGUGUGAAGUUUUAUGGCAGGAUGAACUAGUUGCACGCUUGAGAGGCGUGAAUGGCUAAUCAUGAUUCUGUAUCUCAGGGGAGGCCAAUUCACAAACCUGUACGACAUUCAGCGCCAGGAAAGUGUGGUUUUGUCUCUCUGAAUGUAUUUUGUCGUUGUGCCUCGGAACUAAUUUGAAGUGAGAGAAAUCCAGGGGAUUUACAACACCUCAUGUCUGUUCCUAGUUUGUUAGUUAUCAUGUAGUCUUUUUAACUGUAGGUGGAUUUCUGAGAAGAUUUGUCCAAACCGCGAAAUUAGUGCAUUAUGAUUUUUGUAUAAACAGUGACUGCAUUUCAAUUUAAAGAAGUUUCGUUUGUUAGUUGGCUA